AUGGCCGCCGAAAGGCUGCUGACGGCGCAGCGGAAAUGCUUUGUGUCACAACGAGCUCUGGCUGAAAUCUUGAGCAUUGUCAAAGACGACGACGAAGAAGACCUGGCUACGUCAAGACAAACACUCAAGCGCAAAAGAGCACGGGAGCUGCAGAUGGAGACCCCAUACGGACCACUCUGGCGCACCAUGACUGGCUUCGUGAUGGAAAAGGGCAGGCCCUUGACGGUGUCCUACCUAGACCCGGCUGCCCUGCUGUGGGCCGUGUGCCGGGACGGCCAAGGUUUCGCCGAGUUUCUCGUAAGACGAAACGAGCUUCAUCCGAGCGGUCCGUCCCAGCCCUGGUCCAUAUGCUUGUAUAUGGACGAGGUUUCACCAGGGAACCAGCUGAAGCCCUCCAACGAUAGGAAGCUUCAGGUCAUCUACAUGUCUCUGAAGCAGCUCGGCGGAUUAGCACUUUCGAAAGAGGACAGCUGGCUGUUGGUAAGUUGCAUCCGAUCCGUGGAUGUCAAGAGAUGCGCCAACGGCAUGGCACAAGUCAUGAAGCGCUUCCUCGAGGUUUUCCUGGUUGAACGUCGUGACGUUUUGCGGUCCGGACUGUUGUUGCCUACUGCCAAUAUGACCCUGUGCUGCAAGCUGAGUCUUAUCAUCGCGGAUGAGCUGGCCUUGAAACAGCUUUGGGAGGACAAGGGUGCUGGAGGAAACAAAUUGUGCUUCAAAUGCACAAACGUGGUCGCCGAAUCCUCUGAUCUACACAACCACGAUCGUGCAGGUGUUCUUAUGAGCCACGCAAACCCCGACAAGAACAGGAUGAUCCUCCAAACCGACAGUGGCAUGAUGAAAGCUGCAAAGCAUCUAGCCGAACAGCACCCUGUGCUCAACAAGGGGCAGUUUAAGACCCGGGAGAUGGCCCUGGGCUUGAACUACGUUCCGCACGGUUGUCUAUAUUCGGAGAACCUCAGGGACCAGCUCAAACCGAUAACGUUUUCUAUGUUUGAUUGGAUGCAUUGCUUCCUGGUUGGAGGGGUGAUGCAGCAUGAAAUGAACCUCUUGCGAGUCCUGUUGAAGCAGGAAGGUAUUGAACCAGAGCAGAUGUGCCUCGGCUGUCCAGAUGGUAACAGUCGUGUCGGGUUGCUCGAGCUUCUAUGGAAACAAGAAGUUCUUGUGUAA